AUGCUCCCUUCACACCAGCACAGUUGUGAAGAAGGCACUGCAGUGCCUCUUCUCAGGAGCCUGAAAGGAUUUGGCAUGGCCCCUCAGAUCACAAGGAUAUUUUACAGCUGUACCAUCGAGAGCAUUCUAACUGGUUGUAGAACCGUCUGGUAUGGCAGCUGCACCGCCUUCAACCAGAAGGCCCUACAGAGGGUGGUGCAGACGGUCCAACGCGCCACUGGGGGCGAGCUCCCAGUCAUCCAGGACGAGGUCCUGUGUGGCCGGUUUGCCUGGGAGGAGGUCCUGUGUGGCCGGUUUGCCUGGGAGUGGGUCCUGUGUGGCCGGUUUGCCUGGGAGGAGGUCCUGUGUGGCCGGUUUGCCUGGGAGGAGGUCCUGUGUGGCCGGUUUGCCUGGGAGGAGGUCCUGUGUGGCCGGUUUGCCUGGGAGGAGGUCCUGUGUGGCCGGUAUCCCUGGGAGGGGGUCCUGUGUGGCCGGUUUGCCUGGGAGGGGGUCCUGUGUGGCCGGUUUGCCUGGGAGGGGGUCCCUGGGUGGCCGGUUUGCCUAGGAGGGGUUCCCUGGGUGGUCGGUUUGCCUGGGAGGGGGUCCUGUGUGGCCGUCCAGGCAUCUGAUGCGUGUCCAGAGAGGCUGCUGGGUAACGAGCGGAGAAGGACGUGUCCAAAACCCUGUACACAGGACAAGGACUGUGGCAACAAGCGCCAGUGUCUGUGUGACGGCCAGUGUGGCCUCAGCUGUGUGGCUCCAGUUGGACCUCAGCUGUGUGACUCCAGGUACGUGUGUGUGUUCUUUGUUUGUCAGUUGGACCUCAGCUGUGUGGCUCCAGUUGGACCUCAGCUGUGUGGCUCCAGGAACGUGUAUGUGUUCUGGUUUGUCAGUUGGGCCUCAGCUGUGUGGUUCCAGUUGGACCUCAGCUGUGUGGCUCCAGGUCGUACUUGUCCCUGGCCCCUGCCCUCAGGGAACAACUUUGUUGCUUCCCUCCUCUCUCCCACUCCCUCCUUCUCUGCCCUCCUCGAGGUGCGUUGUGACACAGGCUACAUGUUGCCCAAUGGCUUGGAUGCAGCUAUCCAUCGUUGCCAAGGCAACAAUGGAGCGGUGAUGAUCCCAAUUGCACAGGUCUCAUGUCCUUUACCUGAGGAGGUGACCGACACCUUCAGCAUCGAUGGAUCUGCAGUCGCUGGAACAACCAUCCGCUACACCUGUCUGUCUGGGGAGCUGGUGGGAAACAGUGAGAAUCUCUGUAAUAUUGAUCAGACCUGGCAGUACCCUCACCCCAUCUGUCAAAGGGUGUGGUGCCCGCUCCCCCAGGAGGUGAACCAGGGGUACCUGGUGGCGGUACAGAGGACUGUGUAUGUUGUGGGCGAUGCCAUCUAUUACCUCUGUAAGAAGAACCACCUGCUGGAUGGACCCAACCGGGUCACCUGCCAGCCCAACGGCACCUGGAGCGCAGUGCCCUACUGCAGAGCGCGCUGUCCAAUCCCAGCGGAGCGGACCCGUGUUCUGAUUGGUGGGCUGAAGCGUUGGCCCUAUGACGUGACAGACUCGGUGGUUCCCCACGGGGAUGUGACGUUCUACUGUAAACACUCCAGGUAGCAGUGCAGCUUCCCCUACACACAGACCUGUUUCGACAGCAGGCUCAACCCCUCCUUCUGCUACCUGGAACCCACCUGGCUGCAGUACAAACUGUUCCCUCAUCGGCUGGUGUCGGAGAUCGAGGCCUGCUCUCUUGUAGACCUGGACUAAUACCCCAACACUCCCAUCUCUAUCUCUUGUCCCCCACUCUCUCAGCCUCUACCAAUGAUAGGCUCUACAUGUCUUAAUAAUAGCUGUGUUAAUGAUAAUACAUGCAUUAAUACAGAAGUAAAACGUAUUCAUAACUCAUAUAGUUCAAAUGUUCACUUCAUGUGUUGUUACCGUGUGACUCUGACUCCUCCCACUGCGGGAUCUGACUGACCUGACGUGUUGUUUUGUUUUAACAUAGUGUGUUCCUGCCCCAAGCUGGCCCUCAGGAUACUCCUCCUCCUUAUGUUGUUGACACACCAAGCCCUGAGGCUUGGAAGUUCUAUUGAUGUGACGGUUUUGAAAUAAAAACAACGUUUUGCUGUGA